GUCCAAACGAAACAACGUUGUUUGUAGGAGGAGCUGCCCACCUCUGCUGUCCUCCAGUGCUUUCUCUCUCUUCUUUGCUUCUUUUCUCACCGACCCCCUCUCUUCCUUCUCUUACAUCAUUCAAUCCUCCUCCUCCUAAUAAAUACCACCGAAAAACAUUCAUAGACAAAAUCUCUCUCUCUCUCUCUGGACAAUUAAAAAAGAAAGCCAGCCAUGAUUACCUUGAAAGAAAAGGUAACCGAGAGCUUCUCUCGUCUCUUCGCCGAUUCGCCCAACUCUCCUUCUUCUUCCCCAUCUGAUCUCGAUCACAAUUCCAAGGCCAGGCCAUAUGAUAAAAGGUUUUUUUCAUUCGGUCUCCCGUUUGAUUGGUCCAAGUCGAGCAAGCACAAAGAAACUCCGAAACCAAUCCAAUCACUUCCCGUUAGAUGGAGAAGUAAGGAAUUUCGGCAACAGAAUGAGCAAGUUAACAGCUAUCAAGAUUGCACUGCAACUUGUGAUAAUGGUGCAGUACGAAAAAGUUCUGAUGAUUAUGAAUACUAUAGCCCAAUAUCGGUAUGUGGGAACAAACAAACACUUCCUCCUUGUGACAAUCAUGAGGAGUGCAACUCUCAAAGAAGUAGCAACAAUUCUGAUGUAUUUGAAGAGGCAAAUGAACAACAGAGUCCGCAGAAGUCUCUACCUGACCUCACUGAUGACUCGGCUUUUAUUUCACAAGACUUGUAUGAAUUCUUGAAGUUAUCCCUUCCUAAUAUUGUGAUGGGGCGGCGAUGGGUCUUGUUGUAUAGUACGUCGAAACAUGGUAUAUCACUCCGCACACUUACCCGCAAAAGUGCUGACCUUCCGGGCCCUUGUUUGUUGAUUGCUGGAGAUAUGAGGGGUGCUGUUUUCGGUGGGCUUUUAGAAUGCCCCUUGAAGCCUACUGCGAAGAGGAAAUAUCAGGGGACGCACCAAACAUUCGUGUUCACUACCAUAUAUGGUGCCCCAAGGAUAUUUAGACCUACUGGUGUCAAUCGAUACUACUACUUGUGCUUGAAUGACUUAUUGGCCCUUGGUGGUGGUGGAAACUUUGCUCUAUGCUUGGAUGGAGAUCUGUUAAGAGGAACUAGUGGUCCCUGUGAAACAUUUGGAAACUUAUGUCUGGCCCAUAGCGAAGAGUUUGAGUUGAAGAAUGUUGAGCUAUGGGGAUUUGCGCAUGCCUCACAAUACCUUCCAUGACGCACCAGCACAAGACUUGGGAAGAAACUAGUGUACGUUUCGCUACGUUGUUUUGGCCGUUGUUUAUUCUUUCCCCAUUCGAAAUUUCAGAUUUGAUCCAGAAGUGAUCUAGGUUAUACAUGCAAAGAUACCUCAGGCUUUUAGAAUUGUUGGUAUUUGUGGGUUCAAACUCAUGUCCAACAUUUCAUUAUUUGCCGCAGAAAAUUAUCGGUAUGUAAGAGUCAGAAUUGCUAGUUUGCUGCGGAAUCCUUGAAUCUUUAUGCAACUCAGUUCCAUUAUCACCUAAUUUUAUAAUUGUUCAUUGAGCUUCUCAGGA